AUGUCUGAAUUUCAUCAAUCAAACCCACAAGAAUCUGAUGACGAAUCUCGGAUCUAUGUAACUUAUGAGGCUGCAACAUCUGAGCUACGAAAGAAACUGAUUCGCCAGGAAAAACACCUUAGGUUCCAAUAUCAGCUCAUCAAAAAUGCUUUCAAUAUGAUCGCAAUUACGCAAGUAAUAAUUGGUGCAGCUAUUACCGCACUGGGACCGUCAGGUGGUGAUCACAUGCUAGCGAUCACAAUUCUAGGAGCUCUCAACACCUCUAUUGCCGGAUUGCUAGCACUGCUCAAAGGAAGAGGGCUCCCGGAGCGAUUGAGGAGAAACAUGAUCGAGAUCGCCAAGGUUUCGGACUUCAUUCAAGAAAAAGCGACCUUAUUGAGAUAUGGCAAUAGCGGUGUCUGCAAUGACGGAAUCUCACUUCUAUUACAGGAGGUUUACCAGGCAUAUCAUUCUGCACAGCAGAUCAUUGAAACAAACGAAACAGAUACGUAUGCUGAUGGAAGGAUUUCCCAAGCUUCUGCCGUCGCUAUAGAGGCGAAUCGUUCUUCAAGUCAAAUACCUUUGACCAGUGAAAAGAAUGGAAAGGCACGCCAGACGGAUGAAGAAAUGGGAACUGUCAGUACACAUGCAUAA